CGGAACUUGGUAGGCCUCUCCUGGAGACGGGCAAACGUUUGGUCUCAGCAGCCAUGCCCCAAGUCUCAAAGGAAGCUGCACGCUCCCUGUGGGAAGAGGAGCCUGGCGUGGCACGAGCUUUGGUCCGCAGUGUGGGGGGCUUCACACUGGGCUUGUUGCUGGCCACAGCCUAUGGGCUCCUGGAGCUGUUGGUGGAAGGGCACAGCCCCUGGGGCUGCCUGGUGGGCACCCUCACUCUGGCUGCCUUCCUUAGCCUGGGCCUGGCAUUCUCCCGUCAGGUCCGAGUCACUGUCUUCUUGCUGCUGCCCCAGGCCUUCUCCAGGCAGGGUCGGACACUGCUGUUGGUAGCUGCCUUUGGGUUGGUGCUGCAAGGGCCUUGCGCCAACACCCUACGAAACUUCACCCGGGCCAGUGAGGCUGUAGCCUGUGGGGCAGAGCUGGCUCUGAACCAAACCACUGAAGUGUUGGAGCGGGCCAAGCAGCCCCUUGUCAGUGCCCUGAACAAGAUUAAAGCUAUCGCCUGGAAGACUAAAGAGGUGGCUGACCGGGUCCGCAAGUUCUUUCGGUCUAUCAUGGAUGGUGUGAAGCAUAUAGCCAGAGCCCUGCGAAACGUGUGGUACUGGCUCCUGCACAUUGGUGACGUGUGCAACUCAGAGCUGGGCAACCCUUACUUGAAGUGUGCCCAGGUUUUUGAUGACGCCAAGGACAAAUGCACGAAGAUCCUGCCACAAGUCUACCAUCUGUGUUACGCGCUCAUGCCCUUCAAACUGGUGCUCUGUGGACUUGCCAGCUUGGUCCAGGUAUUCUGUGUCAUCCCUAAGUACAUCCAGCCCUUCCUGCGCAAGACCAUCGGCACCCCUGUGAAGAAGCUGAUUAACCGGGUGCGACAAGAGUUCGAGUUCAACAUGACCAUCACCCAUCACUUCUCCGUGGAUCUCAACGCCUCUCGGAGCCUGUCCCAGGUGGCUGUGGACCUCCAUGAGGCUGUCAGCAUGAAGCUGCACCGUUUCCGGGAGGCCCUGGCUCUCAUGGGCUAUACCACACCACUGCUGCUCACCCUGCUCUACCUGCAAGCCCUGUUUUACCGCUACUGUUACCUGCACUGGGAUCAUUAUGACAAUGUCUACAUCACCAGCCGAUUUCUAAGCAUGGAGGCCGCGCGCUCUGCUGCAGGGCUGCCCACAGUGCUGCCGCUCAGCGCCCACGAGGCUGCUCACUACAUCCAGCCAGGCUCCAUCUUCCUGUCCCGAUGGGAGCAGUUAGUUUAUGUCAUGGAGACCUUCAACCUCAUAGGACACCUGUUCCUCGUGCUGCUCCUGGUCUUCCUGGACUAUACUGUCUUCUGGGUGCUUGACCUGGCCCGGUACCAACUGCAGGGGGAGAUUGUGGCCCGCAGCCCCGUGUUGGUCUCUAUAACCGUGGAAGGGACUGGCUAUGCUGGGAAUAUUUAUCGUGACCUGGUGUCGGCAUUUGACAUCCUGCAGCAGGGCAACAUCAGUAUUUUGUCCCCGCGCUGCCUCCUGCGUCCCUCAGAGCCCAAUGCCACUGGCUACCUAGUAAUCGGCAUCAUGUAUGGCCUGUGCUUCUUUGUCACUCUGUUUGGCAACUACAUCAGUCGGCUGCGGCGGGUCAUCUGUGCCUCCUACUAUCCGUCCCGGGAGCAGGAGAGGAUCUCCUAUCUCUACAACAUACUUCUGAGUCGCCGAGCCAACCUGAUGUCUGCCCUGCAGAGAGCGGUGAGGCGGCGUGCAGCCGACCAGGGCCACAGGAGUGUCUUCCUCAUCCUGGCCAGCCGGUACUCCUGCCUGCAUCCGUUUGUCAACCAAUUCUGGCCACACCAGGGCUACUGCCUGGGCUGUGGUAAACUCCAAGAUGAGGAGGACAUGGAGAACUUUGUGUCCUGUGGUACCCCGAACUGCCAAGGUCUCUACUGUCUCACCUGUUUCCGCCUCCUGGACGACACCUGCCUUGUGUGUGCAUCUCCCCAAUCCUACCAAGGGGCCCUGGACCUGGAGCUGGACUCUAGUGAGGAGGAGGGCCCCCCGCUGUGGCUGGCUGCAGUUCAAAGGAAGGACCCCCAGCAGGAGUGGUUAUUACAGCAACAGCUACAAGAAGCACUGGGCAGGAGCCUCUCCACAGAGUCUAGCUCUUCAAACAGUGACCUGGAUGAGGAGGAGCAGGGCCCCUGGCAAGAAAAGCACAGGCAGCAACUUUUACCUGAAACCCACCAGUCUGCCAGCAGUCCCGUGUCCCCUGAGCCUGCUGGACUACCACAGAAAUCCUCUGCCCCCAAAACAGCCCCCUCCCCAGCUCCAGAACCCCCAGUCCCUCUCUCACCUCCUCCUCCUCCUGAUCCCUCCUUUCCAUCCCAAGAAUAA